AUGAGUGAGCGGACCACGAGCAACUGGAACCCAGGCAGCUGGGUGCUAGCGCUGUGCCUGGCCUGGCUGUGGACACGGCUGGCCUCUGCCUCCUUGCAGCCUCCCACAGCCACAGUCCCAGUAAAGCAGGGCACCUGUGAGGUGAUCGCGGCACAUCGCUGCUGCAACCGGAACCGCAUCGAGGAGCGCUCCCAGACCGUCAAGUGUGCCUGCCUCUCUGGCCAGGUGGCGGGCACUACAAGGGCAAAGCCCUCCUGCGUGGAUGCUGCCAUCGUCUUGCAGAAGUGGUGGUGUCAGAUGGAGCCCUGCCUGCCGGGGGAGGAGUGCAAGGUGCUCCCGGACCUGUCAGGGUGGAGCUGCAGCAGUGGACACAAGGUCAAAACCACCAAGGUAUUGAAGUGGGUGCUUCAUCCUCCCCUCGUGUUCCCCUUUCUCCUGGGGUAG